AUGAAUUCUUCCUUUUCUUCAAAUUCUCAUCCAAACAGCACUGGGCCAAGAACACUUAUUUCAGCUAAAUAUAUUCCAUCCUAUGAAUUGGAUGUAGCCACUAAAAUCUGUCUCUCGAUAUUACACUUUUUAAUGGAAUUUAUAGAGCUGUGUGUAGUGGUUUACAUGAUGCAUCACUUUUCACCAAAGAAAUUAAUGGCUUCGUUGAGUAAUCAAAAAGUACUGGUGAGAAGUGCCAUCAUUGCUGGUUUUGUUUCCAUUUUAGAUAAUGCAGCAGCCAUAUCAGUCAUGUUUAUAUUUCCAUAUUAUCAUGAAUUAGGUUUUCCAUCCAUCAUGACCACAAGUGUGUUAGAAAGUGCUUUACAAGACACCAUUGUGAGUGGAUUGUUCAUGACCAUGUAUGGCGUCAUUUUAGUAUUGCCAUGUUUACGAUUCAUGCGAGAUCGAGUUCCUCAGAGAAAAUCAUUCUAUGUAUAUAUCAUGUUUUUAAUGACAUUACAUGCAAUUGCAUGUACUGGAAAUGUAUUAUUACUGACCUGUCAAUCGGUUGGAAUUUGUUUGACCAUGUCCUCUCGUGUCUUGUAUUAUGCACUGUUUGGACCAGUGCUCUAUUUCACAUUUUUACAUUCAAAUUUAAAUCGAUCUGUUUAUGAUCAAAUUAUCAUGGAGCAAGCAAACAACCAUCAGGAAGAUAAUGGUAGUCUUGUUCGAGUGCCUUCUCGUAACACUACUAUUAACAUUGAUCGAGUUUUUGACGAAGAUGAAGAGGAGAGAAUGAAAACUCUUCUUUCCAAUGUAAAGAAAAACAAGAGACGUUUUAGAAAUCAAGCCAGUACAAGUCGAUUGGGAGAUGAUUAUGGUGAUAUUAUUGAGCAUCAUGAAGAUGAUGACGAUUUCCUUCAUACAUCUAAUUCCAUUCAUGACCAUGAUAAUUUUAGAUAUCAAGGUUCCAUUCAAUGA